CGUCGAUCUUACAGUGCCAGUCGGGCUGCUCCAGUGACCACACCUGAGGAGAGAGGCAGAGAGAGGGAGCGCUAGACCAGUGCUUUACAUUGAGAGCUCUUCAUCCAGCCUGCUCAACACAUUGGGAGAGGAGAGGCAGAGAGAGGGAGCGCUAGUCCAGUGCUUUGCAUUGAGAGCUCUUCAUCCAGCCUGCUCAACACACAGUGAGAGGAGGCAGGCACCAAAGAGAUCAUGAAAGACCGCCGUUGGUUCCCCUUGCAACGAGUCAUAUACCCUUCCCUGGACAUCCCAUCAUUAAAGAUGUCCCAGGUCACGGCUUCGGAGGAGGGAGGCACCUUUGAGCACCUGUGGAGUUCCUUGGAGCCUGACACCACCUACUAUGAGAUGCCCCCGGGGGGCCAGUCGGGGGAGCGGCCGGUGCCCUCCACCAGCACCCCGGGGGGGCACCGGGGGGCCACCGAGGUCUGCAUGGACGUCUACCACAUGAGGGACCUGGAGGACGGCGUCAUGUCCCAGUACAACCUCCUGAGCAGCAGCAUGGAGAGCCUGGGCAGCCGCGCCGCCUCGACCAGCCCCUACGGCUCGGAGAACGCCUCGUCGUCCUCCGCCGUGCCCACCGCGCCCUCGCCCUACUCCCAGCCCAACUCCACCUUCGAGGGGCUGUCGCCCGCGCCCGCCAUCCCCUCCAACACAGACUACCCGGGCCCGCACGCCUUCCAGGUGUCCUUCCAGCAGUCCAGCACUGCCAAGUCCGCCACGUGGACCUACUCCCCGCUGCUGAAGAAGCUGUACUGUCAGAUCGCCAAGACGUGCCCCAUCCAGAUCAAGCUGUCCUCGCCGCCGCCCCACUGCAGUGUCAUCCGCGCCAUGCCCGUCUACAAGAAGGCGGAGCACGUCACCGAGGUGGUCAAACGCUGCCCCAACCACGAGCUAGGCCGUGACUUCAAUGACGGUCAAGUGGCUCCAGCCAGCCACCUCAUACGUGUGGAGGGGAACAACCUGUGCCAGUACGUGGACGACCCGGCCACCGGGAGGCAGAGCACGUUCGUACCGUACGAGGGGCCGCAGGUGGGAACGGAGUUCACCACCAUCUUGUACAACUUCAUGUGCAACAGCAGCUGUGUGGGGGGCAUGAACCGACGGCCCAUCCUCAUCAUCAUCACCCUGGAGACGCGAGACGGUCAGGUUCUGGGCCGGAGGUCGUUUGAAGGGCGGAUAUGUGCGUGUCCGGGCCGCGACCGCAAGGCGGACGAAGACCACUUCAGGGAGCAACAGGCGCUGAACGACAGCGUGGCCAAGAACGGAAACGCCAACAAACGCAACUUCAAACAGACCCCACAAAACCUCCCCAGCCAGAACGUAAACAUGAAGAAGAGGCGGAACGGAGAGGAGGAGAUCUACUAUAUUCCUGUGCGGGGCCGGGAGAACUUUGAGCUCCUGAUGAGGAUCAAGGACAGCCUGGAGCUGGUGGAGCUGGUCCCCCAGCCGCUCGUCGACUCCUACCGACAGCAGACCCAGCAGCAGCUGCUGCAGCGGCCGAGUCACAUCUCGUCCCCGGCCUCCUACUCCCCUCUGUCCAACAUGAACAAGCUCCACACACACGGCGGCGGCCUGAGCAAGCCGCCCUCGGUCAACCAGAUGGUGGGCCAGCAGCACCAGCACAACCACCAGGCCUCUAACAGCAUGGGCCACAUGGGCCCCUCGAUGCACGGGGGCCACCACAUGCAGACCAACGGGGACAUGAACGGGGGCCACGGCAGUCAGCCAAUCGUAUCAACCUCUCACUGCAGCCCGCCCCCUCCAUAUAACCCUGACCCCAGCCUCGUCAGCUUUCUAACAAGCCUGGGCUGCCACAACUGCAUCGACUACUUCACCUCCCAGGGCCUCCAGAGCCUCUACCACCUCCAGACCCUCACCAUGGAGGACCUGGUUUCCCUGAAGAUCCCCGAGCAGUUCCGCCUGGCUAUCUGGCGGGGGCUGCAGGACAUGAAGCAGCAGGGGGGGCCCCUCCCGCCGCCGCCGCCGAUGCCCCUGCCGUCCAACCAUCACCAAGACUACCACCACCACCACCACCACCACGGCCAGCAGCUGCUGCGCUCCAGCAGCAACAUGGCCGCCACCGCCAUGGCCACCAUGGGGCCGGCGGGCGGGGGCGGGGGCGGGGGCGGCGGCGGUGGCGGCGGCGGCGGCGGUGGCGGCGGGGAGCUCCAGCGGCAGCGCGUGAUGGAGGCCGUGCACUUCCGCGUGCGCCACACCAUCACCAUCCCCAACCGGCCCGGCAUGGGGGGUGGCCAGGGGAUGGGGGCGGUGGCCGGGGCGGACGAGUGGCCCGACUUCGGCUUCGACAUGCCGGACUGCAAGGUGUCCCGUAACAAGCACUCCAUCAAAGAGGAGUUCAUGGACAGUGACGUUCGCUAACGGGCGGGGGGGGGGGGCAAGGGCGCAGGGGCGCAAGGGGUGGGGGUCUCCGACACCUUUCACUGUAGCCGCUCUAAAAAAACAGUAACGAACUGUGACAUGAUAUUGACACACGUUUAAGAAGAUAGAUUGGGCGAUAACACUUAACUGCGGAGCGAACCUACUUCCUUACUGUUUUGACCUGUUGGGUGUCCUAGGUGUGAACUCAUUGGAGUGAGGUUGGACUACAAAGACGGACCUUUGAUUUGGCCUCAAUACACGUUUCAAUGACAUUUGUAGUUAUCAUAGCGAUUGUAAUAACAGACCUUGCUUGUUGUUCCAACCGAUUUUGUAAUGAGUAACUACACUUUCUUUUGAGAGUAACAGUUGCGGCCGUAAAGAACAGUUAUUAGUCGAUUAAUUUAUUUAUUAUGUUUCUUUACUUGUACAUAUGGUUGUAAAUAUAUGAACAUGUAAAUAUUAGAUACGUAGUUGAAAGGGUAUUCAAAUGAUUAUUAAGGUGUAGCUUCAUGUUAAGUCAAGCGUAUAGAAUAGAAAUAUAAAUGUCGUGUCUCAAGGACAAGAUGGUGAUGUUAAUGGUUCAAUGUCUGUGAUGAGUUAGUGAUUCCUAGUACACUUUAGUUUAGCCAUCAUCAACCCACAUCUCAGUGUAAAAUAUGGAACAAGCGGAAGUGGUGGAGAUUACUCAACUAAAGCUCAACAAGAAAGCAGAUAUGAGGUGAUCUACAACCGUUGACAUCUUAAGGAACCAUGAAUCAACAACAAUCCACCAACAUAACAGUAUUAUACGUUGAAAAUGAGUGAUCUAAUUAGCCUUGUGGUAGAUGAUGUUACAUCCACAUUUAUCUAAAUACAUUUCCAGGGAAAGAAAAAAAAUCUUCUAUUGAGUAUUUUGAAAAACCUUGCAGGGCAAGGUUCCCAUAUAUUGAUGAAAUAAAAUCUAGCUCUUUA